GUGUAAUAAAUAAUAAUUGUAUUGUUUACAAUACAUGUUAUUAAAGUUUUGUUUAGAGUGUUGAAUAUUAUCUCGAUUUAGUCUUUCACGAUACUUUGUGUGUGGUGCUUUAUUUAUUAUUAUGAUGGUUUUUAAAUUUUACAUUUGGUUAUAAUCACUACAUAUUUUAAUACAUUUUAUUGAUUAUAAAGUUAUGUUAAAACUUUGUUAAGUAUUUACCUUAUAUUUUUUUUAAAAUGUCAUCGAAGGAUUAUGAUCUUGUAAGUAUUAAUAAGUAAUACAAUUAUGAAAUAUCUAAUUUGUGUAGUGAAACCAAUGAAAUUAUUUUAUGUGAAUGGUGGUGAGUUUAUGACGAUAUAAAGGAAUUUUGGGCGGGACAAUAGUUAAAUAUAAUAUAUAUAUAAAAGUUGACCAAUUAUUAAAUAGAUAUAUUUUGGUACGUUUUAAAUAGGUAAUCGGGAAUUUAAAAUCGAUUUUUGUAAAAUGCAAGCUAUAAUCCAGUAUCCAAAAACCUUUUAUAAGAUACUUUAAUUUAUAACUUAAGGUUUGUGACUUCAAACAAAUAUGUUUAAAGGUUCUGCCUGUAUUGUUUACACAUUUUUAACAAUUGCUAAUAAUAAAUCGUUAACAUUUACAGUUAAAGUCUUAACAAAUCUUAACAAAAGAUUAAAUUAGUUUUAAUUUUUGUAUUGGAGAGACUAUUUUUUUGAUUAAAAUAUGGUUUAUAGGUUUAAGGUUAAGUUAACUUUCUUGCCUUGUCAAUGUUGAUAAAUUUUUUUUUGGUUCGAAAAAUGACAACUUUAUACAAGGUUCAUUUGACUAUAAUUUUAUACUAUAAAGACAAACACUAUGUAUAAAACACUGUAUAAAUUGGUCAUAUUCAAACUCUAAUUAUAUUCUUUGGAAGUAUAAUUUUCAAAAUUGUAUUUAAAUGUCCAAAAAUAAAAAUUGUGUACCAAAAUCGUUAAAAUAUCAAAAUAAAAAAAACAGUUUAACUUUAAGACUUAUAACUUGCAUCUUGUAUUUUGGUUUGCUCUAAAAUCUCUUAUUUUCAGCUUUUGCCCAGAAAAAAACCUACAAUUUCCUGUCUAACUUAUUACAAUUUUUGAAGUUUGAUUAUUGAAAUAAAAAUUAAAUUAAAAUUUUAAGAAGUUUUAUCUUUCAAAUAAAAAUGUUACUAAGUUAAGCUAAAUAAAUUCAAGUAUUAGGAUCAAUUGGAUAAAAGCUGUUUGAAUGAGAUGAUAAAGGACUUGCUUUCUUAAUAGGUACUAAAAUUGAUGCAUUCAAUGGUAUUAAGUAUAACACGUCAAAAAGUUUCCUCUGCAGUUAUUUUUAAAUUAAAUUUACUUAUUACGGAUGGUAUCUAAAUAUGGUAUAUAAAUAUUGCAUAAAUUAAUUGAAUAUAACCUUAAUAUUCAAGUGAGAAGUACAACAAAAAUUUGAAUUUCUUUGUACUUACUAGUAUCUAUAUUAUUUACUUAUUUGUUUUGUCAUAUAUACCAUUUUAACAUUUUAAUCCACCAAGGCUAUGCAUUUUUUUCCACAUUUAAAAAAAAAUUAUGUUCUUUAUAUACUUAGACAAAUUUUUUUUCAAAAUUAUCAUUAUGUUAGAAAUAGAAUAAAUAGAAUACAAGUAAAUUAAAUUCAUGUAUUAUGUAUUAUUAUUACUUAAAAAGUAAUUCAAUGAUUUUAAUCCUUUUAAGUAUUUUAAUGAUUUUGUUAAGUUAAUCAGCUUUUCUAUUACUAUCAGUCCUCGAUAUAGUUUUGUCUACAUUAAAUAAGCAACAGAGUCAUUAUAGAUAUUUUUUUGCUAUAACAUGUUAUAAAUUUAACAAACAUAAAAAGAAAAAUAUAGUUUCCUUCAUUCAAAAUUAUAAAUCUAACUCCCAAAAAUAUUAUGUGCACGAUGAUAGUCUCAACUAUUUUAGAAUUUGCAUUCAAGCAAGUAUGUUUUGAAUUACUGAAAAUUAAUAAUUUCUCUUACAUACAAUUUUUUCAUUAUGAGAAGUACUUUUGAUUUUAGUUUAAUUAUUAAAUUUGUCAAUAUAUAAUACAAUGUAUACCAAACGCCCAACUUUGCUGACUGAGUUAAUAAGGAUACUUUUCAUUUAUUUAUCAGUUUUAAUUAUUUUCUAUCAAAUAUCAUUUUUUUAGUGUUAUUGGUUAUCAAUGUUUAUUGUAAGGGUGUGGUGCUUCCACCAAGUCUUUGUUAUCCCAAAAAUUGUUUGGAAUUUUACUACUAAUCAUAAUGUUGACCUAUAAAAAAGCAUUUAUUAAAUAAAGUUAAUGAUUUAGGUAUACUUUACAUUUAUGCUGACAAAAAUUCUUUUUAAAUUGGGUAUUAAAUCUAUAGACUAUUAAGCCACAAUUAUUCCUACAAAUUUAUACCUUUUUUUAUUCUCUGGGCAUUUGUAUUAAAUAUUAUUAAUGCAUUGUUGUAAUAAGUAAGAUUAUUGUUUUUAUAAUUAUUAGGUGUUUAUAACUAAUAGUUAUAUAGUUUAAAAACUACUUUAAUUCUUAAAGUUUAAUUUGUAUUCAUACAACUAUUUAAAAUGAGAUUGUUUUUUAAUUUUUUUAAUUGAAUUCUAUAUUAAAAAAUAGCUUGGAACAUCAUCCAAUUAACUUGAUUAAUAAAUGAGUAUUUAGUACACGACAUUAUUUGUGUCACUGAAUGUAUCUAAAAUAGAUGGUUCACUGACUUAUUGGGUUGAUGAUGUUUGGCAACUUAACAAAUAAAAAUAAUAUAUUCUUUGUUCAUAAGUACAUCAUAGUAAAUGAUGAAAAAUAUAGUGAUUUUGAUAUGUUAAUAAUUAUAUUUUAAUUAUUUUACAUUUUACAUUUUAAAUUUUAAUUAGGUAUAUAUACUUGUAGUACUUAUUUAAAUAUACAUUUUUUAGUGUUAGAUAUACAAUGUGUAUUAACAUCGAUAUAUAUGUACAGGCAUUAACAUUUUCUUAAAUGACAACAUUUUUAUUUAUUUUGGUUACAAGAAAUCAAAUAUUCAUAUAUUCAUAGUUUUAAUUUAAUAAAAUAAAAUACACAUAAUUUCUUAAGUUAUUGGGGAAAACCUUCCAAUGGGUCUAUUUCCUCUUUGGUUCUUCUUUAGCACUGUGCAGAUUAGUAUGUAUGUUCUGAUUUCUCCAAGCAUGUCUUGCCCAUUAUAGCUUUUUAUUUCUGAUUACUUCAACGAUGCUAGGUUUUUGAUAGAAUGAUACUAAUUACUCUUUCUUUCUUAUUUUUCAGUCCUUAGAUCCAUUGUCCUUAAAAGGACCAAAAAUUCUUCUCAGCAUUUUUCUUUCAAAAAUGAACAAUCUGCUCUUAUCAAUUUUCCUAACUGCCCAAGUCUCUGUUCCAUGUAUAAUAUUUUUAUUUAUCAAGAUAACAUAUAUAGUUAUUUUUUUUUUCAAAUUUCUAGAUAGGGAUCUACUUCAACAAUAUUGUUGGUUCUGUGGUAGUCAUUGACUCAAUAAUUAUAAUUUCAUUAACAUUCCAUACAAUCAUUGGGUACAUGGUGGUAGUUUUCAAAGUCUAAUGUUAUUCUAAUCGUUUCCAAUCCUUCUAUUAUUUUCAUUAACAUAGUAUACAUCAAAUAGUCUGCUAAGUCUGAAUGUUUUUUUGGUAAAUUAUUUUUAAAUACUUCAUUUUUUCUUCUACAAGGAGAAGGAUUGUAAAUGCAUUAACCAUUCUAUUGAUAUUUGGAAACCAAAAUUAUGCUUAUGCUGUUGGAAUUCCCUUGAGAAAAUAGCACAAUUAUAUUAUUGUAUUCAAUAAAUUAUUCUUCUUAAAAUCUUAUUUAUAAAAAUGAAUAUUUGUUGUUUCGUUUGCAAUUUAUAGACUUAAAAACUAUUAGAUUGAUAAUCUGCAUUGUCCAGAGAAGGUUUAAAGCUAUCCCCUUUACUAUGCCCCCAAAUCCAGCUUCUAGGUAUUUUUGUUAUUAUAAUUAUUUUCGUUGUUUUAUGGGUAAUGUUUUACAAGACAAUAAGGAUGGCAUUGAUUAGAUAAUAGUUUAUAUGUAUAAUAUAAUUGAACUAUCUGCCUGUAAACUUUUUUAAAUGUUAUUAUUUUUGAGUUAUUUAGGGAUUUCCAGAUUUUUUCCAAUUACUGACGUAUAGCUGUUUUCCAGUCUUCAGAUAUUUCUUUUGUUUCCUAUACAUUGCAAAUUAUUAACUGUAUUUUUUGUGUCAGUUCUCUCACUCAUUUUUUAUCAAUUCUGCUAUGAUCUUGUCCUCUACAGGUGAUUUGUCAUUCUUUAACUUUUGUAUCUGUUAUCUGAUUUCCCUUAAAAAUGGGUUGUGGUAUAUCUGAUAAUUUCUAGUAAUCCACCUGGGAGGGAAAAUUUCAGCUUCAAAUUUAAAAUUAUGGCACAAUAGUUUCUUUCUUGUCCUAUCUUUACUUUGAAGUUGCCUAGUAUAAUAUUUCCCUAGUAUUUCCAGUCCAGUACUGUGUAACAGCUCUUUUUUUUAUUUGUUGAUGCGUAAUUUUUUAUUAAAACUAUAUUCAUAUUAUCAUUUCCUAAAGCUAUGGUAGAUAUUCAUGGGAUGAUAUCCUAAAUUCUCUCAGUGCAUGAAUAAAUUAAUUCAUGUACCAUGAAACUAGUUCCCAAUUAGUCGUUCUGUUCACAUUCGCCAUUGAAAAUUGUUGUUUCUGAAAUUUUGGUUGACCCAGAAUCACCCCAUCUUAUUUCCUGUAGUGUUACGCAUUUAAUUUUAUAUUUUUGAAGUUUCCUAACUAAAUUUAUAACUGCUCUUGGUUUGUACAAAGUUCUUAUAUUGUAGGUAUAAAUUUGUCCUUUGUUAUUUCCUUUAAAUCACUGAAGUAUGUACCUAUAAUAUUACUAGAUUAUUUAAAAAAAUUAAUUUUAUCAUUAAAAAUUACUGGUACAAUUACUAAUAGUAGUUUAUUGUUGGGUACUUGUUUUUACAGGAUUUUUUUUCAAAGUUAUUGUGAAUAAGGUAUUUGUCACACAUUUAAAUUAAUUAUGUUAUUUUAUUUUAGCAUGGAAGAACAGACUCGUAUCGUGUCGCCACAGUUCCAUCUCUAUUUGAUGAUAAUAAGACAGUAGAUGGGAAACCAAAAGUAUGAAUCCAUUUUUGAUUUUAUUUAUUUAUAUAUUAAAGUAAAUCCAUUAAUAUUAAUAAAUGUAUAAUUAUCAGACAAGAAGAAAAGCACCAUCUUCAAUAAGUACCAAAUACAGCCAUGCUGAAAAUUUAGAUGAGCUUAAACAAGAUCCUUAUUUGGAUUAUCAUAAAAUAUCGUUAGAUGAACUGUACCAAAGAUUUGGAACACAUCCUGAAACAGUAAAUAUUUAUUAAUUUACAAUUUAGAAUUUAUUUCUGAAACUAUAUUUGGUUUUUCCUUUUUAAUUUACCAUCUGUUAAUUAUUUAUUAGGGGUUGACUCAUGCAAAAGCUCGAGAAAAUUUAGAAAGAGAUGGACCAAACACUCUGACACCGCCAAUUACAACUCCUGAGUGGAUUAAAUUCACAAAACAGAUUUUUGGUGGUUUUUCAGUAUUAUUAUGGUGUGGAGCACUUUUAUGUUUCUUAGCACAUGCUGCAGAAACAAGUACUACAGAAGAUCCAAAUGAUGAUUAUGUAAGUUCAUUUUAAUAUUUUAUCAUAAUUAAUAUAAACCUGUUUAUAAAUACCAGCAACCAUGCAAAUUCUUAAAUUAAUUUUAAUUUAAAUUGAUUUAAACAACUUUUAAAUAUAAAUGUACACUUUUGUUAAACUAAUACAUUUCCCCUGUAUACUACAAUCCAGUUUUACUUGGGAGUUGUGUUAGUAGCUGUUGUCGUCAUCACUGGAAUCUUCUCCUAUUAUCAACAAGCUAAAUCUUCUGCAAUUGUGGAUUCAUUUAGAAAUUUAGUUCCCCAGGUAAGGCAGAGAUUUAGCUGACGUACUUAAUGCGUAAAGUAAUGUGUGUUAAGCUUUGAAUCAUAAUUUACUGUGCUUUUCCUAUCAGCAUGAUUGUGGGUUUGUGUUCAGGUGAGAGGUAGUUACUUUUGCUUGCUUAUAACUUUUCUUUUAUCGCAGAUAUACUUAGGUUCAAGUUUAAUAGCUGUUAUUGUAGUCACUGGCUUUUUAUCUUAUUGUCGGCAGUAUAAUCAAGGUGCAAUCAUUCAAUCAUUCUAUGAAACCACUACACAGGUCUGUCAACUAUUAUUUGAUUUCCUUUUCUAAAAGUUACUCAUAUACAUAGUAUAUGUGACAUUUUUAAUAGUUAACUGUUUAUUGUUAUUUUUAGAAACUUAAUAUGUUGACUGCAUAUAGUUUUUAAAUUUCAUCAAGUGUUUUUAUCAUUUACUAAUCAAAUACCACUUUUACAUUAGCUGUACUCAUUCAAUUAUCAACAAUUAUUCCAAUAAUAAUACAUAUUUGACGUCAUUCGGGUUAUUGUAGUACUGUAUUGACACAAUUGGCAUAAGUGCGCAGUCAACAUAUUAAUUAAGCUUUUAUAUCAGAAUUUGUUUUGAUAUUUAUUACAUAUAACUUAAUGUCUAUUUUAAAAUUAACUGUAACAAUGUUAAAAUUUUAUAUUUUUGAAAAUUUUCUCAAGAACUAUUGAGAAUUUACAAAAUACAAUUUUUACUUCUCUAAAAUGAAAUUUAAUAUUAAAUCAUAAUGCUUUUGGUUUUUGGUAAUUUUAAUUUUUCUAUUGCUUUUUAUAUUUAAAAUUUAUAAUUAUGUACCUUUUUUAUUCAUUACUUUUUGUAGCUUACUUUUAAUAUUAGUAGCGUUGUUUUUUAAUUUUAUCUAUUUAAUAUGCUAUAAUUCUAUGUAUAUAGCUUAACUGUUAUUUCUAGAUUAAAUAAGUAUUUAUUGUACAAAAUUAAAUUAAAAGAAAAACAAGAUAUCAGAAUAUUUUUUUUAAAUAUUUUUUACUAUAACAGCAUAAUCAGUAAUAAAUAACAAUAUCCAAUAUAUACUUCUACUCUUAAACUAGAUUAAAUUAAUUUAAUAUUUUUUUCUAAACUCUUUUUUAAAAUAAUGUACUUUCAACUUUGAGUUAUGUUAUUGUAUUAUAAUGUACAAUAAAUAAUUGUUUUAAUGUAUUGAACUGUCAAUUGCAUUGUAAAAUUAUCUUAUUUUUAAUACAUCAAUUGCUUUGAUAGUUUGCUGUAGUUAUACGACAAGGUGAAUCAUUAACAUUAAGAGCUGAAGACCUUACUCUUGGUGAUAUUGUUGAAUUACGAUUUGGAGACCGUGUUCCAGCUGAUUUAAGAAUUAUUGAAAGUCAUUCAUUCAAAGUAGAUAAUUCUUCACUCACUGGUGAAUCUGAACCACAAAGUCGUACUCCAGAAUUUACUCACGAAGAUCCUUUGGAAACUAAAAAUUUAGCAUUUUCUUCCACUCAUGCAUUAGAAGGUAGUGUUAACACUUACUUAAAAUUAAUUUAAUAAAAAUAAUAAUUGUUUUAAUUUUAAUUUUUUUAAUUAAGGUACUGCUAAAGGUGUAGUUAUUGCAUGUGGAGACAAUACUGUAAUGGGGAGAAUAGCAGGAUUAGCAUCAAGUUUAGAUAGUCGGCCAACACCAAUUGCAAGAGAAAUUAUUCGUUUUGUUAAUUUUGUUAAUAUUACAGCUAUAGCAAUUGGAUUAAUACUAUUUUGUAUUGCUUUGAUGAUGGGUUGUUAUUGGUUGGAUGCUAUUAUUUUCAUGAUAGGUUUGUUAUUGUUUAUUUAUUAAUAUUAUUAUAUUUAAAUUAUUUAUUAAAAAUGUGUUUUUUAGGAUUCCUUGUUGCAGCAGUUCCAGAAGGUUUAUUAGCUACUGUUACUGUUUGUUUAACAUUGACUGCCAAAAGAAUGGCAUCAAAAAAUUGUCUUGUGAAAAAUUUAGAAGCAGUAGAAACAUUAGGUUCAACUUCAACAAUAUGUUCAGAUAAGACAGGCACAUUGACUCAAAAUCGUAUGACAGUUGCUCACAUGUGGUUUGAUAAUCAAAUUAUUGAAGCAGACACCACUGAAGAUCAAUCUGGUGUACAAUAUGAUCGUUCUAGUCCUGGGUUUAAAGCUCUUGCAAAAAUUGCAACACUCUGUAAUCGAGCGGAAUUUAAGGCAGGGCAAGAUGGGGUACCUACUCUGAAAAAGUUUGUUGAUAUUAUAUUGAAUAAUUAAUCAAAAAAUGUAAUUAAAAUUAUGUUUUCUCUAGGGAAGUAAAUGGAGAUGCUUCAGAAGCAGCAUUAUUAAAGUGUAUGACUCUUGCCCUUGGUGAUGUAAUGUCUAUUAGGAGACGUAACCGUAAGAUUUGUGAAAUACCUUUUAAUUCGACAAAUAAAUAUCAGGUAAUUGUUAGACAUUAAUUAUUAUUUGUAUUUAAUGCAAAGUAAAAAGUUAUUAUGUAUAAAUAAUUUCACACAAAAUAUGUCUUUAUGUACUUGUUCUCUUAGGUUUCAAUCCAUGAAACUGAAGAUCCUGCAGAUUUACGGUAUCUUUUGGUUAUGAAGGGAGCUCCUGAACGUGUACUUGAUCGUUGUUCUACUAUAUUUAUUGGGGGUAAAGAAAAAGUUCUUGAUGAAGAUAUGCGGGAAGCAUUUAACAAUGCAUACUUAGAACUAGGUGGUCUUGGUGAACGUGUAUUAGGUUUUUGCGAUAUGUUAUUACCAUCUGAUCGUUUUCCUAAAAAUUUUAUGUUUGAUGUCGAUGAGCCUAAUUUCCCAUUAAGUGGUAUGCGGUUUGUUGGUUUAAUGUCCAUGAUUGAUCCUCCGAGGGCAGCAGUUCCAGAUGCUGUGGCUAAAUGCCGUUCAGCUGGUAUAAAAGUUAUCAUGGUUACUGGAGAUCAUCCAAUAACUGCUAAGGCAAUUGCAAAAUCAGUUGGUAUUAUAUCUGAAGGAAAUGAAACAGUUGAAGAUAUUGCUCAAAGAUUAAAUAUUGCUGUAUCUGAAGUAAAUCCAAGAGAUGCUAAUGCAGCUGUUGUGCAUGGUUCUGAACUAUUAGAUUUGCCCCCAGAAGUCUUGGAUGAAAUAUUGAGGUUAAUAAUACAUUUUAAUUAUAAAAAUAAUUUUUUUUAAAAAAAUAUAUUAUUUUAGAUAUCAUAAGGAAAUAGUAUUUGCAAGAACCUCACCGCAACAAAAGUUAAUUAUUGUUGAAGGUUGUCAAAGAAUUGGAGGAAUUGUUGCUGUCACUGGAGAUGGUGUUAAUGAUUCACCUGCUCUUAAAAAAGCAGACAUUGGUUAUUAUAAAUUGUUUAAUAAAAAUAUCUAUUUUAUUUUUAUCAAUGACUUAAUUUGUUAAUAUUAUUUUUUAUAAUUAGGUGUUGCAAUGGGAAUUUCUGGAUCAGAUGUUUCUAAGCAAGCUGCUGACUUGAUUCUUUUAGACGACAAUUUUGCCAGUAUUGUAACUGGUAUAGAAGAGGGCCGUUUAGUGUUUGACAAUUUAAAAAAAUCUAUUACAUAUACUCUCACAUCAAAUGUUCCUCAAUUAUUGCCUUUUAUUGCUUUUAUCAUGCUAAGCAUACCUUUACCCAUUGGUGCGAUUGCUAUAUUGUGCAUUGAUCUUGGUACCGAUAUGGUAAGCAAAAACAAAUUUAUUCUUAUAUUGUUACGUUGACAGAUAUUUUCUUUGGCAGAAUGUUGAUAAUUAUUUGGUUUGACGUUUGUUCACUACAGUUUUGAUUAUAAUUAGGCUAAACAUAUGAGGUAAACCAUUAAAUUUGUUUUAUUAUUCUAGAAACCAACAUAAUUUAUAUCUAAUCAGUUAAAUAACUUCCACUUUAUCAAUAUAAGGUUAACAAACAGUAACUAUAUUUUUUGUAUAAGAAAUGCUCUGUAAUUGAAAAAAAAAUAGAACUAUAAAUAUUAACUCAAACUUAAAAGUUAAUAAAUUUAACAUCAUUUUAUUUAAUUAACUUGGGUUUUAUUUUGAUAUUAAUUUUCAUCUGUAAACUACAUCACUAAAUACUACUCAUGAACAUAAUUAAUGAUGUGAUAUAUAUUAUUAUGUAUACAUAGUGUAUGGUAGAAUGCAGAUUUAGAAAAUAAUUUUUGAUUAUUACUAAAUAAUAAUUGAUAUUGUAGAGCCUAGAUUUUUGUAGUUGCAAAAACAAAUAAUGAUGUUUUCACCCAGAAAUUUAAGCGAAAUGUGCUUGAUUAGUUAGUGCUUAAAAUAAAUAUUUGUCAGUGUACCUAAUUUUUGUGAAUUUCUUAAGAAAAUAUAAAACCUAGAAAUUAGAAACUAUAGUUUGGGUAUUCCAUUAGAUUAGUUUUAUUGUAUUUAGGUUCCAGCCAUUUCAUUGGGUUAUGAGCAUCCAGAAUCAGAUAUAAUGAAGCGUCCUCCUAGAAAUCUAAUUAGAGAUAAACUUGUAAAUAACAGGUGAUUAUGUAUUUUAUGUACUAUUGAUUUUUUUGGUUUUAUUGUUUUUGCUUUUGCUUUUUGCUUUAUAUUAGUUCCUUGCUUUUUUUUUUCUUUGAUUUAACAUCGAUAAAUAUAAAUUUAUUGUUUUACAUAGUUUUUUUAUUGAACAUAUUUUGUUAACCAAGCUAAUCUGUGUUUUUCAUGUAACUGUAUAAUUUUUAAUGCUUUCAAUGUAACAAAUUUAAGAAAAAAAAAAAAUAAAAAAAAAAAAAAAAACAUGUUUGUGGAUGAUUUGUUUGUUAUUUUGGGGCUGCUAGAUGCCUGGCAUUUCACUGGCGUUUGAACCGGGCGAAUCAGACCUGAUGAAAAAGAGUCCAACUAUAAAAAAGCCUCUUUUUAAUGUCAGGUAAACUUUUACACUAUUUCCUUCUUUAAUUUCUUCAUAGUGCUUGGCAAGUAGUUUUGUGCUUACAAUAAUAACAAUAAUUAAAUAUCAAUUUAAUGUAUAUACUUAAAUCAACACAAUUAAUAUUCAUAUCAUUUUUAUUUUAUCUUAAGAUUAAUAUCUUUGGCAUUUGGUCAGUUGGGGAUUAUUGAGGCAUUUGCUGGUUUUUUUACUUAUUUUGUAAUUAUGGCUGAAAAUGGAUUUAUGCCAUACAAGUUAAUUGGUUUACGCCGUGAAUGGGACUCAAGAGCAGUAAAUGAUUUGCCAGAUUCUUAUAACCAAGAAUGGGUGAGUAAUUAUAAAGUUUAUACUUAAUAAAAAAAUAAGUUAUAAACAUUAUCUAUAAUAAUUUAUUAUCUUUAUUAUCUUCAAUUUUAUUUAAAGACUUAUCAAGAUCGGAAAUCAUUAGAGUAUACUUGCCACACUGGAUUUUUUAUAUCGAUUGUAGUUGUACAGUGGGCCAAUCUAAUUAUUUGCAAAACCAGAAGAAAUUCAAUCACACAUCAAGGAAUGAGGUUAGAACACAUUUUAUUAGUAUUGAAAUUUUGAGCUAGUUAAUACAUUUUUUAAUUUCUAGAAAUAUGGCAUUGAACUUCAGUUUAAUAUUUGAAACAGUCUUAGCGUUGUUCUUAUGUUACUUACCUGGAAUGGACGAAGCAUUGCGCAUGUAUCCAUUAAAGUAAGAUAUAUUGAUUAUUUGAAAAAUAAUUUUGUUGACAAAUAUUUAUGUUUAAUACUUUUUAGGUGGACUUGGUGGAUUCCUCCAAUACCAUUCAUGGUAGCCCUAUUUAUUUAUGAUGAAGUAAGAAAGUUUUACAUAAGGCGAAAUCCUGGUGGAUGGUUAGAGAAGGAAACUUAUUAUUAAUUUUAGAUAAUAUAUAGUUUUGAUUUAAUGAUCACUUAUUAAAUAUUAUAUUAUAUUCUUCAAAAAAUUAGUCUCAUAAUUAUAUUAUUAACAUUUUUAAGUUUAUAGCUUUUAACUUUAGCACACACUGAAACAAUAAUAUUCUUUCGAAUAAAUAAUAAUAGAAAUUUGAUUAUUAAAAAGAACAGACAUUUUGCUAUUUUAUUUUUACAAAAUUAUCUAAAAAUAACAAUAUUUUUGACACAGGGUUGCUAAUAAUUAAUAGUAACAAAUAUAAUAUUGGUAUUUAAUGUUUACAACACAUUUUAAAUAAAUUGUGAAAUUUUUUUCAUUUUUUUUGCAUUUUUCAUCAAUAUUUAUAUUUCAUUAUAAUUUUUUUAAAAAAAUUAAUAUUUUGUUUAUUUUUGAAAUAACAUACUGAAAAUUGUGAUUUAAUUUAUUUUUUAGAUUUUACUAGAUUUCAACAUUUUAGCAUGUAUCAAUUUUAUUGAAUACAUUUUUAGUCUAAACUCUAAAUAAUCGCUUAAAAUACUAAAUAAAUAAAAUUCAAGAGAAAAUGUCACAAUUGAAUCUCAACUUAUUAAGUAUUUUUCAAAUAUUGUAUUAUUAGUUAGGUAUCUAAUCAUAUCCGUCCUUCUUUUAGAUCUUAUAAUCGCUUUAUGUUAUGUUAAUAUUUUCUUUUCUAUUUUGAAUAUAAUAAUCGUUAAGACAAUUUGUUUUAUACACACUUGUAUAAUUCAAAUGAUCAAUAGUAGUUGAUAUACUGAUUUACUGAUUUUAUUUCAAAAUUUUAUAUUUCAUAUAGCCAAAAUUAAAUAAAAAAUAAAAUAUUAAUGUUAAUAGUGCAAUUUUGUAUGCUACUAAUUAUGAAUUGUUAUAAUAAAUUAAAGUUAUUAAAAUCUAUUAUUCCACCAUGUAUACCCGAUUAAAAUAUUAUAAAGAACAAGUAUUAUAUUUUCAAAAUAAUGUAAUUUAUUAUCCUCUUAUAUUUUUCACUCUUUCUGCUAUAUAUUCAUAAGAUGAUAAGAUCAUUUGGAACAUUGAUAAAAUUACUGAUUUUAUUUUAAAAUACGAAUAUAUAUUUGUUUUUUACUCCCAGUAAAUAAAAAUAAGAACAAAAUAUUCAACUUUUUUUUAAUCAUCAUUUAUGUAUGACUAAAUUUAUAAUUAUUAUUGUUAUUUUAAUUUUUUUUUUUAUGUUUUGUUAUACAUUUACAUUUGCAAUAUUUUUUCUAUAAUUAUUUAAGUGAGUUUUUAAUGUUAAUAAUUAUUGUUUAUAUACCACACUAUUAUUAUAUAUGUACAAGUGUUCAGUAGAAGAUCAAAUUAUAUUUGUUUAUUUAUUUUGAUUUAAAAUUAAAAAAUAAUAAUUACAUGAAAUACUAAUCUAUAAUUUUUGCUGGUGCUUCAAAACAAGUUAUAACAGUCCGUGAAUUUGGAUCUUGUAAACUCCAGUGUACAUCAACCUUAAACUAAAUAUUUAAAUAAUGACUAUUAUGACAUAAAAAUGUUAUACCCGUAAAUAUAUUUAUGUCUUAUUGUUUACCUUAGGAUAUGCUUUGAUUAUAUAUAUGUCUUCUUUAUAUAUAUAUGUUUUACCUUUAAGUAAAGGACACUUUGUUUUUAUUCCAUCUUCUUCGUAGAUAUUAUUACAUAUAUUUUUGUUAUCUAUACCCAGCAAAGGUACUGGUAUAUUUAAUGCCUUACCAUACACUUCUGUAAUUAAAUCCUUUACGUCUAUUUCUAAAAAAAAAAUUGUAAUUUUAUUGUAAAAAUAUCCAAUCAAUUUUUAAUUUGUAUAGUUUAAAAAUAAUUAACAGUUAAAAUUGUUGAUAAGUGAUUAGGUAUAAACAUGAUAAAAGAAAAACUAUAAUGCC